UUCUUCUGUCUCUGCAAUCUGUGAUUUUGGUUCUUCUUAUGUUCAGGGGAAUGUAUCUGAUUUGUUUUGUAUUUCAGAAUUGAUGGUCGAGCGUGGGCUCAGAUCUACCGGCUGCCCAUAAGAUUAUUAGCUUUUAUUGAACCAUUUUGUGAUGGUAGUUUAUGAGGAACUAUGAAAUCCUUCGACUUGCUUCCGAUUCCGCUUGGCCUCUGAUUUCUUCUGCUGGAGGCCUGGAGCUCAUGUGUUGAGGGUUUUCGUUUUGGAUCCAUUUUGGUCUGAGGUAAUUCUUAAGAGUAGAAAAUGGAUGGCCGGAUGAAGAAAUACAGGCAGACGAGCCCAGAGAGGGCAAGAGUUUGGAAGGAGCCUUCACCUAAGCACCAAACUAGAAAAGUUCCUGUUGUUUACUAUCUAUGCAGAAAUCGACAUCUCGAACAUCCCCAUUUCAUUGAGGUACCGCUCUCAUCGCCUGAAGGACUUUACUUGAGAGAUGUUAUUGAUAGGCUUAAUGUUCUUAGAGGAAGAGGCAUGGCUUCCAUAUACUCGUGGUCUUGUAAGAGGAGCUACAAAAAUGGUUUUGUUUGGCAUGAUCUCUGUGAAGAUGACCUGAUUCUUCCUGCUCAUGGAAAUGAAUACGUUCUCAAAGGUUCUGAGCUCGUUGAAGAAUCUAAUUCAGGUCGUUUCCAUCCGACUGUUAAUACAAGGUUGAAGAAUCCAAUGCUACUACAAGAACCCACGUCUUCCCGUAGCCUGGAGGCUUCUUCAUCUUCUUCAGGCAUGAUGGUAGGGAAAGGGAUAAAACCUUCCCAAGACGAUGAAAUCUCUCCUCCACUCCAACGCCCAAGCCCCCUUGUUAUGUCUCCAGAUUCUGUAGUUGGAAACAACCCCCCGUAUUGUGGCUCUAGGAGCUUGACAGAGUACAAGGUUUGUAAGGGAGCCCAAGCAGCCGAUGCUUCAACCCAAACUGAGGUAAUAAGUGUACGGAGAGACAAGGCCGGAGAAACUUGUACAAGAGGUGUUUCAACUGAUAAUGGGUCAAUAGAGCUUGAACGCAAUGGGAGUCAUGAGAACCAGAUUCCACAAGCUAAAGAGAACUCUGAGCUAUGUAGGGAUGAGAUUUCUCCACCGCCAUCUUCUUCGAGCACUUCUUCUUCUGGCGGAAAGGCGGAGACUUUAGAGUCUCUAAUCAGAGCUGAUGCUAAUAAGAUAAAUAGCUUCAGGAUACUUGAAGAGGAAGGCGUUAGUUUGCCCUCCAAUAUGAAAUUCAAACCUUCAAACAUGUUGAUGCAAUUGAUCUCCUGUGGGUCUAUCUCAGUGAAAGAUCACAGUUUUGGCCUUGUACCUACCUACAGACCUAGGUUUUCUCAUUGUAAAUUUCCCUCUCCAUUGUUUUCUAAAACGAUCAUGCUGGGAGAGCUUGACUGCUUGUCAGAGAAUCCAAGAUCGAAGGGGUUGAGUUUGGAAGACAAAGACUAUUUUAGUGGAAGCUUAAUUGAGACUAACACUUACAGGGAGGGAGAUGGACUGACUGUUCUCAAAAGGUCUUCCUCGUACAAUGCUGACAGGACUUCUGAGACAUUGGAUUCAGCAGCAGGUGACAAAGAGAGGGAGACUGAUGUUGUACGUUCGAAAUGCAUCCCUCGGUCAAUCAAACCCUCAUUGGGUAAAUCCCCAAGGAAUGAAACAAUGAGAUCCCCUGUUUCAGAUGCACCCAGGAAUUCUUCGGCAGCUGCAGAGGAUUCACAACCCCUCUCUCAUGGUGCAUGCAAUGGUGGCAGCAGGAGAAUCACGGAGCCUUCCACUGGGAAGAGACCAUCAAAGAGACUAGACUCUUACAGGGAAGAGGAGAAAGUGAUCAAAAUCGAAGAAAGGCUUGCUUCAGGAGCUCGGAUUAUAAUUCAAUCCAAGACCCCUUGUGAUGAGAACAGAGGCACCUUAUAGGGAGGUGGGAUUGGGAUGGUUUUCUGAUUUGUUUCUUCUCUACAGAUAGUUAAAAAG